AGCCGAAAAAAUUUACUUGGCUUAAAAGAAUUAGGGCCUGCAGAUUGAAGAGUCCAUCUUGUAAACAUACGCCACCCACGCAAGGGAGAGCGACGGCCAUUCUUCCGGAAAGGCUUGGCUUUCAAUCACAGUUGGUGUUAGUAACUCACUGAUGAGGGUGGGAGAUGACCAUAAGUGAACCAUUUCUGGGGACUUGAGAAGAAAUUGCCUCAUAAACAGGCCAUUCCAAGAUUAUGAUGGAGGUUCAAAUCCAGGGAUCAGCUGUUUCUAGCCAGGUUAAGGUACAAUUUCAGCUUGGUUCAGAAACAUAUUCUGUCAGUGGAAACAGGGGCAUUCUUUCUGAGCAACUGGUUUCUGUUAAAGAGGAAAGCAUGGCCGUAUUGAAGGACUUCAUCACCAGACACAAUGUUCCUAAUGAUGUCCCUGAUGAACUUGUUGAAGACUUUUCUGAAGAUGAAGGUGAAGUUCUUGAGAAGCCAAAGAAGACAAAGCUUACUUGAUUAUGUUUCUGUAUCAGGGUCUAAACUCCAUACUCAAAACUCAAAAACCUCCUUUGAUGUUUUUAAUUGUCUUGAACCUAUUACUGUAUUAGCAUCAUGUUGUGGCUACUGAAUUUAUAAGCUGCGUCUGCAGCCUGUCUAAUUCUU